CAGAAAAGCAAGGGAUUUUUUUUCACUCAGUUUAUUUUCCGGAGAGGGAAAACACCCUCAGAGCCUUUUAAAAGAUGACUAUUUUGAAGAAUUUCUGACUGAUACAAGCGGGACCAAUGAGGACAGACACAGUAAUUUAAUUUAUUAUUUUACGCAUCAACAAUCGCACGUAGCCUGGAGAGGAUAAAGCUGAGAACGCAUUGUGGUUUUUGAAAAAUUACUUAGCUUUGCGGAAGGUGUCGCCGCGCUGGAACAAGGGGGGAUUUAAUAAGAGGAACUAAUCCGACAGUGUUAAGUUUGCUGAGGUAGGUGCGGGUACCUGUCAGGAAAAAAAAUAGCGAAGAAGCACCGUGGAAAGCUACGCGUCAUUUCCAAGACACCAGCGCAACAAGCCAACACCAUUACACCAGCCUGCUGUGUGAAUGGCACACGGGGUGUCUUCCUGUGUUGAAGUGGUGCAGGGUAGCCACGCUGUGACCAGGGUCCAGCUGAGAUUCAGGGCUUUCUAGCAAUAUGAAAGAUAAGUUCAUCUCCUGAGGCCAUAACUUCCACACGGAGCUGACUCACUGACAACUGCACCCAGAGGUUUGUAAAGACCUUCACAUGUGACGAGGAUUGAACAUCAGACGACUCCAAGCCUCAUCAGCUCGCCAUGUUACUGCACAAGCGUAUCCUGAACUGCUCUCCACCUGUCAGCCCAUGUAUGUUCAUGUCUCUUCUGCUGGUUCUGCUCCCGGGAGUCACUCAUUUCUCCCAGGGCAGCGCCGGCCAUGAAGAUGCCGGCAGCGCAGCGGGCAACUGCUCCAGUGACAACAACUGCUCUGAAGGUGUGGUGCUGCCCAUGUGGAACCCCCAAAACCCUGCGGUGGGCGACAAGGUGGCACGCGCCAUUGUUUACUUUGCAGCACUUAUAUACAUGUUCCUGGGCAUGUCUAUCAUCGCGGACCGCUUCAUGUCUUCUAUCGAGGUCAUCACCUCUCAGGAAAAGGAGAUCACCAUCAAGAAGCCCAACGGUGAGACGACGACGACUACUGUGCGCAUCUGGAAUGAGACGGUGUCCAACCUGACCCUGAUGGCGCUGGGCUCAUCAGCACCUGAGAUCCUGCUGUCUGUCAUCGAGGUGGUCGGCCAUAACUUUGAGUCCGGAUCUCUGGGUCCCAGCACCAUCGUGGGCAGCGCUGCGUUCAACAUGUUCAUUAUCAUCGCUAUCUGUGUCUAUGUGGUGCCAGAAAACGAGACGCGCAAGAUAAAGCACCUGCGAGUGUUUUUUGUCACCGCCGCCUGGAGCGUGUUCGCCUACAUCUGGCUGUAUCUCAUCCUGUCGGUGUUCUCCCCCGGAGAGGUGGAGGUUUGGGAGGCCGUUCUCACCUUCCUCUUCUUCCCUCUCUGUGUGCUGCAAGCCUGGAUCGCAGACCGGCGCCUGCUCUUCUACAAGUACGUCAACAAGCGUUAUCGCGCUGACAAGACCCGCGGCAUUAUCAUCGAGUCAGAGGGAGAUGCCAUGUUCACUAAAAUGGACUUGGAGAUGGACGGCCAGGGUGUGAACUCCCACACUCAUCCCAAAGAGGCUCUGGAUGGGAUGCUGGAGGGGGUGGAGGAAGGUGGAGGGAUGAGCGCGGAGCAAGAUCAAGAGGAAGAAGCCCGACGGGAGAUGGCCCGCACUCUGAAGGACUUAAAGCAGAGGCAUCCGGAGAAGGACAUGGAGCAGCUGAUUGAGAUGGCCAACUACCAAGUGCUAGUCCAGCAACAGAAGAGUCGGGCCUUCUAUCGCAUCCAAGCCACUCGCAUGAUGAUCGGAGCUGGGAACAUCCUGAAAAAGCACGCCGCCGACCAGGCCAGGAAGGUGGUGAGCUGUCAUGAGGCCAGCGGGCAAGAGGAAGAUCCCAACACCAUCUACCUGCAGUUCGACCCCUCUCACUACCAGUGCUUUGAGAACUGUGGCUCACUGAAGCUGUCGGUGAGCCGGCAUGGAGGAGAGAGCGGCUGCACGGUGAAGGUGGACUACCGGACAGAGGACGGGACUGCCAACGCAGGCUCAGACUAUGAGUUUGCUGAGGGCACCUUGGUCUUCAAACCUGGCGAGACGACGAAGGAAUUCACUGUUGGCGUUAUCGAUGAUGACAUUUUUGAAGAGGAUGAGCACUUCUACGUGCGCCUCAGUAACCCACGUAUAGUGCACCGGGCUGAGGUCUCCGUCCUGGAGCCGAGCUCCAUCACCUCCAGCAACAGCACGGUGGGCAUCUCCUCCCACGUUCCUCCAAAGGCAGCCCUGGGCAACGCUCACACCGCCACGGUUACCAUCUACGACGACGACCACGCUGGCAUUUUCACGUUUGAAAAUAACUCCAUGAGGGUCAGCGAGAGCGUAGGCAACAUGCAGGUGAAGGUUCACCGGACGUCCGGAGCGAGGGGGAAAGUCGCGGUGCCUUACCACACCGCCGAGGGCACCGCCAAGGCCGGGGAGGACUACGAGGAGGUGUCGGGCAAGCUGGAGUUUCAGAACGAUGAGACCAUGAAGCUGUUGAAUGUGAAGAUCAUCGACGAUGAAGAGUACGAGAAGAACAAGACCUUCACGAUUGUGUUGGAGGAGCCCAUCCUGCUGGAGGUGGGACAGAGACACGGAGACACCAACGAUAACAAGACAGUGGUGGGACCCGAGGACGUGUCAAAGAUGGGCUGCCCCUGUCUGGGAGAGCACACGAAGCUGGAGGUGGUCAUCGAGGAGUCUUAUGAAUUUAAGAGCACCGUGGACAAGCUGAUCAAGAAGACGAACCUGGCUCUGGUGGUGGGGAGCAGCAGCUGGAGAGAGCAGUUUGUCAGCGCUGUCACUGUCAGCGCAGGUGACGACGACGAGGAGGAGAGCGGGGAGGAACGCUUGCCAUCCUGCUUCGACUACAUUAUGCACUUCCUGACAGUUUUCUGGAAAGUCCUCUUCGCCUUUGUCCCGCCCACUGAGUACUGGAACGGCUGGGCCUGCUUCUUUGUCUCCAUUUCCCUCAUUGGCGUUCUGACGGCUGUGACCGGGGACUUGGCCUCUCAUUUUGGCUGCACCGUCGGCCUCAAAGACUCGGUCACCGCCGUGGUGUUCGUGGCCCUCGGCACCUCAGUUCCAGAUACGUUUGCCAGUAAAGUUGCCGCCAUCCAGGACCAAUAUGCUGACGCCUCCAUCGGGAACGUGACCGGCAGCAACGCGGUGAACGUGUUCCUGGGCAUCGGGGUGGCGUGGACCAUCGCGGCCGUUUACUGGCAGACCAAAGGCAAAGUGUUCAAGGUGCACCCGGGCUCCCUGGCUUUCUCCGUCACCCUCUUCACCAUCAUGGCGCUCUUAGUAGUGCUGGUGCUGCUCUACCGCCGGCGUGCCAGCGUGUCGGGCGGGGAGCUGGGGGGCCCACGGACAGCCAAGCUCCUCACCUUCUUCCUCUUCCUGUCCCUCUGGUCCAUCUACAUCCUGUUGGCCUCCCUGGAGGCGUACUGCCACGUGCCUGGCUUCUGAGACAGAGGGAAACGCACAGACACGACUCCUCUCCUGGUUUUUACUCUACUGAACGUGUUUUCGCUCUGUUUUUGUCUAUUUUCACAAAAGUUUAUAUCUAUUUGUAUCAUUAGUUAUUAUUGAUACUGCACAAUAUCUGAUUGACUUUGAAUCUUUUGAACUUUGGAACUUUGCUACCAUCCACUGCGCUGUGAAGGAUAGCUUUAGCCACUGAAAUUCAACCUGCUCUCAACGUUUCCUCCUUUUUUGAAGCAUUACACUCCACAGGACGUUAUGACCUAAUCAUUACUAUCAGCGUCAAACCUUCCGUCACUUGACAUGUAAAACUUCUGGCGUCAUGUCCUCCCUGUGUGGACAAUUAAUUUGAGUUUGUAAGUGUUAAGAAAAGCACAAGAGUGAAGCGAGAGUUGAGGGAUGUUUAAGAAAAGCUAAAGCCGGUGCAUGGGAUGACAUUAUACUUGACAUUCACAUAAAGGGAAAGACGUUACUGAAGCCAAAACACCCUGUAAAACAUAGCCAUGUGUUGAUAUUUAUUACUCAAUCUAUACAUUAAUUAUUCAUUGUGUAUCAUGUAUAAGAUGAACAUUGUGCGUGGGGGUUUUGUGAAAGAGUACGUGUGUUUAUUUUUGCACGUUAUCAGAGUUUUUGGUAAUCUACUUUAAAGUACUGUGUGUGAUAUUUUGACAUGGCUGUUGAUGUGUUGAUGUAUUCCUGUACAUGUGAAUCACAGCUGUAUCAUAAUCUCUUCACUGCCUGGCGCCCUCUCCCACAAAGCUUUCCUCAGUCAGUAUCCAGUUCGACACAGCCAGCGUUUACAAAUGCCUUUUUUUAAGAACAUAAGUCAACCUGGAGCAGAGUGGCUGCUUUAAACCGUACUAUGAACUAUUAAGUCUUUGAGCACAUUUAUUUAAUUUUUGUGCGCGUGCGUGUGUGUGUGUGCGUGCGUGUGUGUGUGCGUGCGUGCAAGGCAUGGCACUAUCUCGUCACAGGUGCAGUCUGAGUGAGGAUACGGAAAGGACUCCAGUUUUCUUAUCAGUCACACUGACACUGUGAACAUUUUUCAGCAACAUCACUUUUAGAAGAAGCACAGCCGAGAGCAAAGGGCCACUUUUUCAAAUCACUACAGGGAGAGUGACGUCCUUAUCACAGCACAAUCACCAAACAGGUCCAUCAACCGAGAUGAAAAAUGUGCUAAAAGAGACGGCGUGUACAGUAUUUCCUGAGAGUGUCUCCUUGUGUCACGCAGCAGUUGAUAUUGAAGUUUGUUUUUUAUUUAACCUAGAAUCUGUAGAGCCAUAUUUAUUGUAACAGUAUUACAGUAGAGGUAUUUAUAUGAUCCGUUUUAGUUUUAUUGAUAUGCACGUUUAAUGUAUAAAA